UGGCAUCACUGUUCUGUUAGGAAGAUAGACACAGCACAGGCCCACAGCGAAGACAGCAGACAGCCCUUUAGCCUUACUUCUACUACUACUACUGCUACUACUACUAUUAACAUGCAGGCCCUAAGGAGUGUGUCAGCAGCAGGCCCAGGGGUGCUGACGUGCUGCCUUCGACAGGCGGUAUGGAGGGGAGCGAGUGCCGGACAGCAGCUGCGGUGGAGGAGUGCCGAGGCUCUGAGUGUGCCGGCAGCAGAUGGGGUGCCUAAGGUUUACCCGGAGAAGAUUCAGAACAUUGUGACGGACAUUUCCAAACUCACCCUUAUAGAAGUGGCUGACCUUAAUGAACUCCUGAAGAAGACCCUGAACAUCCCUGACGCCCCGGUCAUGGCCUUCGGGGCUCCCAUGGGCGCCCCUGCUGCUGCCAAGGAUGCAGAGGAGGAGGAGGAGGAGGAGGCCGCUGCCCCCGCCAAGGUACAGACAAGCUUCACUCUCAAGAUGAAUAAAUUUGAUGAGACUAAAAAGGUUGCUCUCAUCAAGGAGGUCAAGGCAAAGCUGGAAGGCUUCAAUCUGGUGCAGGCCAAGAAGUUUGUAGAGAGCUGUCCUUGUGUGGUGAAGAGCGACAUACCCAAGGAUGAGGCUGAGGCCCUGCUGGAGGCUUUCAAGGCUGUUGGGGCUGAGUGUGUUAUAGAGUAGACACACACACACACACACAAACUUUUUUUUUUUUU